CACACACAGCCGCAUCCUCCCCUCUCGCUGCCUGCCAGUGCUGUCGGCGCCCACUGAGGAAUGUGCACACUGUGGUCCAGGAGCUGAGGCCAGCCGGCUCCUACCUACUCUCUGUGCCGGUGCAGCCCUAGCCCCUGCCCUCCCUCCCUGCAGCAAUGGCUGAGAUGAGCGGCAGCAGCCCGUUCCCGGAGGUGUUAGAGCUGAAUGUUGGCGGCCAGGUCUAUGUCACCAAACACGAUACAUUACUGAGCGUCUCCGACUCGCUGCUGGCCGAGCUCUUCUCCAAGAACCAGGCGCGGGUGCUGCCCCGGGACAACAGAGGACGCUACUUCUUGGACCGGGACGGUUUUCUUUUCAGGUACAUCCUGGAUUACCUGCGGGACAGGAGGCUGGUCCUGCCAGAACAUUUCCCAGAGAAGGAGAGGCUCCUCCGGGAAGCGGAGCACUUCCAGCUCAGUGAGCUGGUCAGCUUGUUGACUCCCCGGCUCCUCCAACAGAGCUCGGCGGCCGACGAGGCUUGUCCCAGCGACCUCGAGGAGAACUCAUACAGCAGCGAGCUGUUGGCCAAGGGGGCGGCUGGCCCGGAGAAGAGAUCCGGCUUUAUCACCUUGGGGUACCGAGGCUCCUACACCCUGGUCAGGGAUAACCAGGCGGAUGGUAAAUUCCGCAGGGUGGCCAGGAUCAUGGUGUGCGGCAGGAUCGCCUUGACCAAGGAGGUUUUCGGUGACACCUUGAACGAGAGCCGGGACCCGGACCGUCCCCCGGAGAAGUACACGUCCCGUUUCUACCUGAAGUUCACUUACCUGGAACAAGCGUUUGACCGCCUGUCCGAGGCUGGAUUUCACAUGGUGGCGUGUAACUCCAGCGGUACCGCCACCUUCAUUAACCAGUACCGGGACGACAAAAUGUGGAGCAGCUAUACCGAGUACAUCUUCUACCGGGGACAACAAAGACCAACCUCACCAAAGUCAGAAGGUGACGGGAGGAAACACGACAAGGGAGAGAAAGGAAUGGAAAGUGGGACGUCUUGUAAUGAACUCUCCAGCUCGAGUUGUGAAAGCCAGUCAGAAGCCAGCACUCCGCAGCAAGAGAACGUUGCUCUUGAAUCGCAGUCCGCACCUCCUCAGCCUAGCACCCUGACUCUGGAUCGGCCCUCCAAGAAAACCCCCAUCCAAUGGAUGCAGCAGCCUGACAAACGGAGGAACAGUGAACUCUUUCAGACGCUGAUGAACAAUUCCCGUGAUGCGAGCCUCUGCAAAAAGAAAAUCAGCGAAAAGCUGAGCGUUGAGGAAGAAAUGAAAAAAUGCAUCCAAGAUUUUAGGAAGAUCAAAAUACCAGUGCAGUUUCCAGAACGCAAGCGUCCAUGGCAGUCUGAACUAUUACAGAAAUAUGGACUUUAAAUGAACAGAGAAAGAGACUAACUACAGUUGGUGUUCUGUUUGAAAUAAGGGUUUGUGGUUCGGAGUCAUAUGCUGUUUGUCUACUAUUUUCUGUCAUAUCUAUUGAACUGUGAUAACAUUGCAAAAAACGACCUGAAGGACAUUUGUCAGAAAUGUGUUCCACAAGUCCCACACAUGGCAUGAGGCAUAUCUUAUAAUUAUUUUAAAUCAAUUAUACAUUCGGAUACAACUCCAGGAUAGGUGGGACUUGAACCAGACCUCCUGGCCCAAAGGUAGGGAUACAACUACUACGCCACAUGACAACGGUGCUUGGAGGAAAAUAGUUCACUGGAAGUACAGAAAGCAUUUUUAAACAGGGUCACCUAAUCUACUAGCAGGCUACACAGUGAGAACAUGUAACUGUUGCAGCAUGUUUCAGUCUGAUUAAUGACAGGUAGCAAAUAUAAUGAUUUCUUUGCCACUGCCUUGAUGUGUCAGAAACAGUUAUGCAUGGGUUUAACAAUUGGAUGUAAUGGAACUCCAGAAAAUGUAAAAGGUUGCAUUCAUUGUUGUUUAUAACUUCAUUCCAGCUUCCUGCAAUUGUAAUGCUCUCCAUUAUACAGUGUUCAGGCCCAUGAUCCAAAACUACCAUCUCCAUUUGGCCAUAUCAUUCCUAGAGUAGUUCCUUUUUAUUUAUCAAUAGUCUGGCAUAAUUUUAAAACAAGUAAAGAAUGAAUGCCAAGACUUACGAUUGAAAUAUUGAGGAUGUUGAGGAGAAGACCAUGGUUUUAUGAAAGGAAUGGUCCCUGUGGAAUGCUAACAGUGGAGGGGAGGAGGAGAUAUGUUUGGAAAUGGAUUCCUCUGGACAUGGUGGAAAUGUCAGAAAAUGAUCCUUCAAAUACAGAGACUGAUGGAGUGGAAAGUAAGGAUGAGGGUAAUUCUACCAUUAUUUGGAGAAAGAGGGGUGAUGGCAAGUGUGGGAAGUGGGUGGAGAUGGCUAAAGGCCCUAUUAACCAUGGCACUGCAGAGCCUUUGGUUUUAGAAAGCAAAGGUCACAUCAGACUUGGAAGGUGAUGUCAUUAGAACUUGUGACAUAGAGGGAGAAAUUGGAAGAACAGACUGGAGUCUUUACAGGAAGGCAGGGUGUGAGGAAAUGUAGUCAAGGUGAUUGUGGCAGUCAGUAGUUUUGUGGUGGAUAUUGGUGGACAAUCUAUCCACAUAGGAACAGGGCAGCCAGAGAAGGGAAGAAUAACAUUAAUUCUGUUUUCUCUCCACAGGUGAUGCUAGACCUGCCGAGUUUCUCAAGCAAUUCUGUUUUUACUUCUGAUUUCCAGCAACUGCAGUAUUUUGCUUAUAUUUGAACUCACAGUACACUAAUUUGUUCCCCUAUAAUACAGUAAAUUUGAAUAAUAUAAAAAUUUUGAACAAUUUUGACACUUGCAGCUCAAGGUUAGUAAAGCAAUCUGUUCAGAUAGCUGCACUGUCUUCAUGUGUCUUUUCAGUAUACAUGGAAGCUGCAAAACUGAUAACUGCAUUAUUUGGAGGCCAUUGUUUUAGCACUUGCUAUUAUGACAGAAAUAAUAUUCUAUCUAUCCCCUCUCAUGGCCAGAAUUAAAAGUUUGCAAAUGUUGUCUCACCAAAUUGCUACUUUUUAAUGUGAUUAACAGAUGUGAUUAACAGAUCGGAAAAGAUGAGCUGGCCCAUCAAUUCUUUCUCAUACAGUUAUUAUCACCCCUCACUAAGGACUAGCCGUCAAAUAAUUUAAUAGGUGAGGUAUUGGUGUCAUGAUAUUGUUGUGCAAUUUGUAAUUCAAAAGACCCAAGUAAUGUUUUACAUUAGAUUAGAUUAGAUUCCCUACAGUGUGGAAACAGGCCCUUUGGUCCAACAAGUCCAUACCGCUCCUUGAAGCAUCCCACCCAGACCCAUCCCCCUAUAACUCACACACCCCUGAACACUAUGGGCAAUUUAGAAUGGCCGAUCCACCUAGCCUGCACAUCUUUGGACUGUUCUGUGUACUUUGAUUCGAAUCCCAUGGUGGGAUUUGAAUUUUUUUAUAAAAAGAUCUGAUGAUGACCAUGAAGCUAUUGUUAUAAAAACCCACCUAGUCCAUUAACACCCUUCAUGGAAUGCCUAGUGAGCCAAUCAGUUGUAUCAAACUACUCUAAAGGCCUCAAAAAAAAAGAUUGAACCAAUUGAACCAUCUGGCAUUAACCUAGGCACCAGAAACAAAAAUGGCAAGCACAGAUCUUUUGACCCGGCAAAGCUAGUGCUAAAAUUGAAAGAUCCAUCUCUUGGUCAUGGAAUCAUACUUCAGACAUCCAGGAACAGUGAUGGUGAUGGUGAUAUGUCUUGUCCCACUAUUAGGACAGACACAACAGAAAUGGGGGAACAGUUGUAUGUAGUAGGUAGGUAGAAGAGUUGCCCUGGGAGACUUCAAAAUUUGACUAAAAACCCCUUGAAUGUCAUGGCAUUAGGUCAAACGUGGACAAACAUUAAUCUCCUGCUGAUUAUUAAUAAUGUGUUUCACCUCCCCAACCUCCUUGCAGACUGCAGUGGUUUUAAAAGGCAGCUCAUCACCACCAUUUCAAAGACAGCUAGGGACUGGCAAUAAUUGCUGGUCCAGCCAGCGAUGCUCGUGUCCCACAAGUGAAUAAGAAAACUAUAAUCUUCAACAUCAAAGGCCUGGCAUAUUCAUUGCCUCACCAUGAUCAUCAAGUAUGGUUCAAUGAAGAGUGGAUAAAGGCAUGCCAGGAAUGGGUGUACUGGAAAAUAAGAUGCCAACCUGGUGUGGCAAUAAAAUAGGAGUACUUCUGUGCAAGGCAGCAAGUGAUAGACAUGGCUAGGUGAUUUUGUAACCAAUGGAUCAAAUCUAAACCAUGCUUUUCUAGCCAUGGUCAGUAGUGAAUGCUGGUGGAUAAUUGAACAUCUAACUGAAGGAGGAACCCCCUCCCAAAAUAUUCCAAUCUUCAAUGAUAAGGGAUCCCAGCAUAUCGAAUAAUCAUUCAGUGGAUAAUCCACCUUGGACCCCUCUGGAGGUCUCCAACAUCACUGAUGAUAGCCUGCAGCCAAUAUGAUUCAAUCCACAUGAUAUCAAGAAACAACUGGAGGCACUGGAUACUGAAAAGACCGCAGGCCCUGGCAACAUUCCAGCAUUAGUGCUGAGAACUUGUGCUGCAGAACAUCCCACACUCCUAGCCAAGCUCUCCCAGCACAGUUACAACACAAGCUACAAGCACCUAACUCAUAAAGUGGAAAAUUGUCCAGAUAUGUCCUAUGCACAGAAAGCAGGACAAAUCUAACCCAGCCAAUUACUGCCAAUUGUUGACUACUCUUGAUUAUCAUGAAAGUGAUUGCAAGGGCCAGCAACCAAAUAAUUAAGCAGCACAAACUUAGCAAUAACCUGCUAAUUCAUACACAGUUUGGGUUCUGCCAGUGCUACUUAGCUCCUGAUUAUUCCAACCUCAGGUGAAACAUGGACAAAAAGCUGAAUUCCAGAGGUGAGCUGAGAGUGACUGCCUUUGACGUCAAGACUGCUUUUGACUGAGUGUGACAGCACAGAGCCAAAAGUACUGAGAAUCAGUGGAAGUCUGUGGUUGGUUUCAUAUCAGACACAUGGCUGUGGGGUUUUUUUGGGGGGGAGGGGGCGGGGUGUCGGUCAUCUCUUUUCAGGGCAUCUCAGCAGGAGUUUCUCAGGACAGCACCCUAAAUCAACUGGCUUAAGCAACUUCAUCACUGUUCUUCCCUCCAUCUUGAGUUUAGAUGUCAAGAUGUUCACUCGUGAUUGCACAAUGUUCAGUACCAUUCACAGCUCCUCAGAUACUCCACAAACAUCUGCUCUCUCCAUCAAUGCUCAGUAUCGGGGGUGUGUACUCUCUACAAGAAGGACUGUAGAAAUUCAUAAGACUCCUUCAUCAGCACCUUCCAAAUUCAUGAUCACUUCCAUCUAGAAGGACAAGGGCAAUAAAUGCGUGGGAACACUACCACUUGCAAGUUCCCCUCUAAGCCACCUGCCAUCCUGACUUGGAAAUGUAUCACUGUGCCUUCACCAUCACUGUGUCAAAAUACUGGAAUUCCCUCCCCGAUGCCAUUGUGCAUCUAACUUCACCAAAUGGACUGCAGCAAUUCAGUAAGACAGCUCAUCACCACCUUCUCAGGAGUAAGUAGGGAUGAGCCCAGUGAGAAAUGCCCAUGUUUCAUAAAUGAAUAGACACAGAAAUGAAUUACUCCCACCCUUGGCUGACAUUUGUAACUAGGCUACAUGCAAGGCAUCAAUUUGCUUUUCUCUCUGGAUAGUGAGGGUUACAAAGCUAUCUUGAAAGAAAUUAGCUGUUUCUGACAACAUUAAUAUGUCCUUUCUAUUGGCUAGUGCAGGAAUCACUAUAGAUUUUAACCGAACUACUCUGACUGCGGGGAAUGGUCCUCCUAAGCUGGGAGCAUAGUGAAUGGAUGAAUCACGUUACUUUUGUGGAAAGAAAUGAAUAUGAUCAAAUGUUCAAGUGAAAAACAAUUGCUUAUAAAUAAAGAAGUUUUUUCUCCCUAAAUUUAAAAUGAUCGCUGCAAAUUCGAUUAUGAUUGAGAAGCAGAAUAUUUAGCCGUGGAGGCUUUGUAUCAUAUCUGAACCAAGGCUCUAAAGGGCCUCAACCUCAAAUACAAAGGUAAUAUUGCAGAACGUGUGACCACCUAAAUGAUGGGAAAUGAACUCCAUCUUAAAUUACAGGGAAGCGGUCUCCCAUCAUAGCUUUAGUGGAAAAUUAACAAGAAAAUUGGAGACCAUUAGGAUCUUAGCAAAAAUACACACAGACAAUGAGGGCAAUCAGUUCAACUGGUACAAAGUGACCAGACAGGGACAAGUGAACACCAGACAUGAAAGGAAAUUUCCGGAAGCCUGGUUCUUAACACAGGACUCCAUUAACAAACACAGAAAUAGACCUCAUAUACAGACCACUGCUAAAACAACAAAACUGGAAGGGACAAGAGCAUCACACCAGAAGACCAUAUAAAUCUGGAAGGAAGCAGAACACCAAUGCUUUGAUUAGAGGCUGCACUGAUAAUGUUGUCCAGCAGGGUAACAAAAUGUGUACACACCACAGAGCAAGCGGCUGGGCGAGCUAACGAACAACUGCAACAUUGGAGACCAAUUUAAAUUCUGCUGAUCUGCUGAAGUUACAAUAGGGGCUUGGGAGACCCCAUGUGGAAGUUCUAUUACAUGAUGCUCUUUCAGGAAACUCCAGCUUCACAGAAAAAAAAACACUGAUGUAAUUGUCAUGGCUUGGUUCAUCUUUAUAGGUGAGAAUUAUCAAUCAAUCAACUUCCAUAUUUUGCUUAAUGAAAUUAGCAACGUUACAUAAUAACAUUAUUUGACCAUUGUUGCAUUGUUGCUUGUGGGAUUUUUGCUGUUGGCAUAUUGACUGCUAUGUUUCCUACAACAGUGAUUUCACUCCAGAAAUAUUUAAUUGGCUGUAAAACACUUUGGGCUAUCAUAAGGUCAAGAAAGGUGCUGUAGAAAUGCAAGUCUUUCUUUCCGACCAGUGUAAUUACUGUUUUUCAUAAGUUGAUAUUGAUACUUGAAAUUUCUUUCCUAUUUAUAUGUAGCCGUUAUGAGACUGGUUGUGAAUUAGUAAAAGAAGAAUUCACAUUUGUCCUUGAUAUUAUGGCAGAUUUUGAAUUAAAUUGAGUUUUACGGCACUGAGCAAAAAGGCCGGUUGAGAGUUGAUACUUGUUUCAGAGUAUGAGCAGGAGUAUUUGAAAAUGAGACCUGAUAAACACUGGCAGUUAACUGUAGUCUUCAGUGCCAUCAAUUUCCACACAGCAAAUCUCCUUUGGAGGAAGAAAUGGAUUCAAUUCUCCAACUUAAACUUUGUGUAGAAUUGCAAGAUCAUUGACACUUGAAACAAAAAGUGAGAUUUGACAAUACAGGUUAAAACAAAAACUUGUAAAAUGAUAUAACCAUGAUCUCUUUUGCUGUCUGUUUCAUGAGUGCUGUAAUGUCUUGCUGGACUGGUUUGUUUGAUGCUAGUUUGAGCUUUAUCACUUUGAAAAAUGCCUACUUCACUUUAAA